AUGGUGUCGUUGGUUGCUGGCAGGAAUAACCCAAAAACUGGUAGAAUGAGGACAGCGCGGCCGCUGGUUUUUGCGAUGUUCCUCUGUUGGAAUGCAAUGCCCACAAAACAAUACGACAUGGGCGGAAAGAGGGUGACAGUCCGGAGGGUGGCCCAGUGCAGCGACCGAAGGAGCUUAGCUGUUUCCGUCGAGGACGUCCAAUUAGGGGUGGAGAACGGCAGUCAAACGGUCGCCGGUCACGUGGCCUUCCGCAAAGACACGGGCACCAAGUUAUUCAUUAGGAUCGAUCUGAGGAAGUGCGAUGCGAGCGGCGCACCGGACACCUGCGAAUACGUGAUCAAGGAUUACGAGGCGGCAAACGCGUGUGACAUAAUCGGAAUGGAGAAGGAGAUCUGGUCUCCGUUCGUGGACAACUCGAAUAUGCCGAAGGAGUGUCCCAUUAAAGCGGGGAAUUACACUUUGAAUAAAACGGUCAUCACUGAUGACCUGAUAUCCUCCGUUCCGCACGCCUCGGCCGUAUGGAAGCUCCGGUUCACGGGCUUUGAUCAAGCCCUUAAUAUUCUUUGCGUGGAGCUGGAGGUCGCCGUUAAACUUACACAUGCCGGGAAAACCAAAGGACGCAGACCAUAA